ACAGAGAGUAUAUAAAAUAUCAAUUUCAGCCCUCCAACAAAACACCCUAACCAUUACAGUUUUGUGAGCUAAAAAGAGAAAACCUUUGUAAAAUCUCAAUUUCAACUAUGUCUUCUAACAAUCCUUCUCAGCUUCUUCCUUCUGAGUUGAUUGAUCGUUGUAUUGGUUCAAAGAUUUGGGUUAUAAUGAAAGGUGAUAAGGAGCUUGUUGGUACACUUAGAGGCUUUGAUGUUUAUGUUAACAUGGUUCUUGAAGAUGUUACUGAAUACGAGAUCACUUCUGAAGGGCGGCGGAUAACAAAACUUGAUCAGAUAUUGCUCAAUGGAAACAACAUUGCCAUCCUGGUUCCUGGUGGCUCACCACCUGAUGAGGGAUAACUGCUAUGCAACUUGUGCUGUUUACUGGGGCUAGUUGUUGACAGAUGGAGCUGUUUUCAAUAUGUAUUUUCAGUAACUCUGCUGUAAAAACUUACAAUGAAUCGGCAUUGGCAAGGUUUUAGUAAAUUAUGAGUUUGUUCAGCUAGGCUCUACCAUCAAUUAUAGUUUGCAUUAUGUUGAAAACGUUAUGCUGAUAUAUGUUACUUUUGACACUGGUGUUGCUAAGCUCUGUUGGCUUUAAACUGAGAAUGGAGUUUUGACAGAGUGGUAAAAAUUCAAUUGGAUCUUUGAUUUC